AUGGAAAGUAUAGCGCUGAACAUAGCGGAGGUCGGUGGCACCGGCGGCGGCGGCGGCGACGGCGGCGACGGCUCGCCGACCGCGACGACGGGCGAGGUGGGCGCGCUGCAGUUCCAGGCGUCGCAGGUGAUCGCGCGGCUGGAGCGGGCGGUGGAGCGGGCGGCCGACGGGGGUGGCGACGACGACGACAACGACAACGGCAACGGCGGCGGCGGCGGCACCACGUGGAACAACCCCUCGGGAUUCCUGACGCAGCCGAGGAAACCGGACGAGAUAUUGGCGUUGAUACAGGACUUGGUAGUUCACGAGGACGCGCCGCAACCAAUCGAGCCAGGUUCCACGGACUCGCCGAUCAGUCAGAUCACCGCCCUGCCAGCUCUAACCGAGACGGCAAAAUUGGCCUUAGUCACGCACACCAUCUCGGCUUACGCGGUAGCGCUACCAAAGUCACACGCGCAGAAGCUCGCGGGUCGUCUCGCGGCCGACACGACGAGAUGGCUGAGCCACAUCUUCCGCUUCGUCGACUGCGCGUCUUCCUUCCACGAGGAUCACCUCGAGGGGCUGGUCAGGGUUACGCGACUCGCUCUACAUCGAAAAUACCCGCGAUACAUGGAGGAGGGCUUUACCGCACUCGUGUCUCAACCGCCCCUGAUCUACAGCUCCGUCGCUGCACCCAUGGGUGUCGUUCAGCAUUUGUGCCGACAGCUCUCUUUGCCGCUUCAUUGCAUAAGACCAAUCCCACAUAACACUAUGUUCGGCUCGAGGCACACUAUGGACGUGUCGGCGCUGGAACGACGCUUAGCGGAAGACACUCAGUCGAACAACGUAACGCCAUUGCUAGUUCUGGCCGAAGCCGGCUCGGUGUUGACGGGCCAUUGCGACAAUAUCACGCGAUUGCGAGCGAUAUGCGACAAGUAUAACGUCUGGCUGCAUCUCAGAGGGCAUUCGCUAGCUGCACUCGCGCUGAAUAUGGCGAAAGAUCUGCCGUCGAAAAUAGCGGACAGCAUUACGUUACCGCUCGGAACGUGGCUUGGUAUACCGUCGCUACCAGUGGUCACAUUGUACAGAUUAGCAGAUAUUAAAGGUGGACGACCCACUCCGAGAGAUACUACUCUAUCGUUAGUUUCAGGAUUGAUGGCAGAUUCCCUGUCGAGGCGACUACCGACUUUGCCUUUGUGGACUGUUCUGCAGGUUUUAGGUCGAGAAGGUGUACAUAAUAGAUUUAAAAGAUGUUUCUUGGCUGUGGAAGAAUUGUACAAUAAGAUUAAGGAGUUCUCUUGCAUUAGAAUACUGAGUCAACCGCCAGGCGGCGAAACGGAGUCCUAUACUUUAAGCGAAUAUCUAGCAAACCCCGUGAACAAUUUACAAUUAUUUGAAGUAGUAGCCAACGCGUUAGUUUUCCAAUUCGUAUCUACGAAUAAGGAUCUUCAAGCCACGGAUCGCGUGCUGCCUUAUUACGAUAAGUUGAACUCCUGGUUGGGACAGAUUCUUCAGAGGGACAUUGACAAUAUACAGAUAGAACUUUGUGAUAUAGAGCAGUGCGGUGUUGCGAUUCGCAUCUGUCCGUUGGAGAAUCCCGAUCAGCCACCCACGAACGAAGACAUAGACAAUUUAGUGACCUGCCUUGAUCAACAAAUAGAAAUAUUGCUGGCGACAGUGGAACACAAAGACACCUUCAUACGUUUAGUCUCGGAGAAUGAUUCUUUGCAUUUAGUGGAAAUGCCGGGUUGGGCCGGUUUGGGAGGUGUGCGUUACGCUCCACCUACCUGGAUUCACGUUAUGACCGAUCAGGCAAGGGAGGAAUUAAACAAACUGAAUAUGCAAUUGGUCGAAACCCUGCGCAGCACGGAUGCCGCGUUUUCCCUCGGGGAAGGCGCGGACGGUCUAGCCUGCGUGCGAUUUGGCAUGGUGACACAGGACACAGACGUGCCCGAACUAUUAUCUUUAGUAUUGCAAGUUGGCCAGGAGGUGGAAGCUAGUUCUAAAAUGAUGGAUACCAUCUCCGAAGUAGUUAAGAGAGGCAUCGAGACGGCGCAAACGGAUCUGGAGAGAGAAAACGCGGAGAAACUGUGGCAAGAGGGUAUCCUCAGGCACGUUCCCGUCGUAGGAACUUUUGUCAAUUGGUGGAGCCCUAUUUCGAAGGAAACGGGUGUUCGCGGUCGUAGCCUAAAUUUGCAAGCUGGUAUCGUGGAGAGUACGGAGAAUAUCUACAAGUACCACAUGCAGUUGCAACCUAAUUUCACAAACAGUAACGGUUCCGGCGCCAGAACUCCGCCUCAGCCGCUAGUGCAAACGCCAGUCGGUGCUAACAGUCAAAGCCACAGUCGAUCGUCGAGUCACUCUAGCCUGCAGAGCGGUAAGAAUGUACCUCUAAUAAGCAAUGUCAGUUCUCAGCCCCAGGUGAAGGAAGAAUCCGCGCAAACGAAGUCGUAGUAAACAUUAUUUCGAUAAAUUCGAGAGCACAUCGUUCCAAGUUGUUAAACUUGGAAUAAGAAUAAUGCUUUCUGAACGUAAAACGCUAAAACAUUCCCUCUAGGAGGUACAGUCUUUAGCGAAAUAUUAGACCGUAUCUUGUAUAGCUUAUCGAUUGGGUUAAAUAGAACGAGACGCGUGUGCGACGGUUUAAUUUUAAUCUUGCUGCUGAUACUUUUAACUGGCUGUUUUUCGCCGAAGAUAUUUCUCGCUUUUACGUAUCUAAAAUCAUGUCUUCGCAAUCUUUUUCCAAAAAUUUCGUAAAAUUCCGCUAUCGAGCCUGACUUAAUCAUGGAAUGGUCCAUGUACUUACUAGACUGAUAACACGUAGCGCAGCGCCGCUUUUAUAAUAAAUUCAUACAUAACAGUUUUACUGAAAAUACCUCUCGCGGCAUGAUGGCCAGAAUAAAAUAAUUUUCUCAUCUAAUCGAUUAUCUUCUUCUUCUCGUACUUUAUUAAUACUACGCAAGAUAAUAUAUUUUCUGUCAUAUAAAAGAAUAUGUUGCAAGAAAAUUAUUUAUUGUUGAAUAGUAAUUUUAUGUAUAGUAUUAUGCACUUUAAUUACAAGAGCCGGCUAGCCCGAAAUAUGCUUACAUUCUUACAGCUUUUUUGUCAUUAAAAUUAUUUAGUAAUUAUCCUUCAUUCACGGAUUUUUGCUCUCUUUAAAUUGCUCGCUAAUCUUCAAAUUAAUGAUUCGCACUCGUUAAGUUUUACAUCUUCAUUCGUAAGCACAAUACUGCAAAUAAAGUGUAAUAAGAAAAUA